UCAGAGUGAUGAUGUCACACAUGUGUGCGUCCUAUUGGUUCAGAGUGAUGAUGUCACACAUGUGUGCGUCCUAUUGGUUCAGAGUGAUGAUGUCACAUGUGUGUCCACAGAGUCGGUGCGGUUGGUCUCGGGGUCCGGUCUGUGUUCAGGAUCAGUGCAGAUCUGGGACGGGUCCUGGACCGGGGUCUGUGACGGGGACUUGGACCAGCGGGGGGCAGAGGUGCUGUGCAGGGAGCUGGACUGUGGGGCUCCUUCUCUCCUCCAGGGGGCGCUCUCUCCUCUGGGGCAGACGUUCCACUGUGAGGGACAUGAGUCUGCUCUGAUGGACUGUCCCCGCUCCAACUCAAGCACCUGCUCCUCUGGAGCCACUGUCCAACCUCACCUGCUCAGAGCUCAGGUUGGUGGGAGGAGCCAGUCGCUGUGCUGGGACUGUGGAGGUGAAACACAGAGGAGAGUGGAGACGAGUGGAGACUUUUGGACGCUGGCACCAGAAGGACACAGUUGGUGUGUGCAGAGACCUGGACUGUGGUUCUGCUGUUUAUGGAGAACACAGAGAUGAUUUUCCACAGAGUCGUGUGUGGAGGGUCACAUCUGACUGUGUGAAGGAGUCUUCAGUGAGAGAAUGUGUCUCUGAUUCAUCUUCUUCCUCUCCCUGGGGUCUGGAGGUGAAGUGUUCAGAGUCGGUGCGGUUGGUCUCGGGGUCCGGUCUGUGUUCAGGAUCAGUGCAGAUCUGGGACGGGUCCUGGACCGGGGUCUGUGACGGGACUUGGACCAGCGGGGGCAGAGGUGCUGUGCAGGGAGCUGGACUGUGGGGCUCCUUCUCUCCUCCAGGGGGCGCUCUCUCCUCUGGGGCAGACGUUCCACUGUGAGGGACAUGAGUCUGCUCUGAUGGACUGUCCCCGCUCCAACUCAAGCACCUGCUCCUCUGGAGCCACUGUCAACCUCACCUGCUCAGAGCUCAGGUUGGUGGGAGGAGCCAGUCGCUGUGUUGGGACUGUGGAGGUGAAACACAGAGGAGAGUGGAGACGAGUGAAUCCCUCUGGACGCUGGGACCAGGAGGCUGUAGCUGGUGUGUGCAGAGACCUGGACUGUGGCUCUGCUGUUUAUGGAGAAAAGAGAGAUGGUUUUCCACAGAGUCGUAUGUGGUUUGUCAGACCUGACUGUGUGAAGAAGGCAUCAGUGAGAGAAUGUGCCCGGGGUCCGUCCUACUAUUCCUCUUCCUCGGGUCUGGAGGUGAAGUGUUCAGACUCGGUGCGGUUGGUCUCGGGGUCCGGUCUGUGUUCAGGAUCAGUGCAGAUCUGGGACGGGUCCUGGACCGGGGUCUGUGACGGGGACUUGGACCAGCGGGGGGCAGAGGUGCUGUGCAGGGAGCUGGACUGUGGGGCUCCUUCUCUCCUCCAGGGGGCGCUCUCUCCUCUGGGGCAGACGUUCCACUGUGAGGGACAUGAGUCUGCUCUGAUGGACUGUCCCCGCUCCAACUCAAGCACCUGCUCCUCUGGAGCCACUGUCAACCUCACCUGCUCAGCGUUCAGGUUGGUGGGAGGAGCCAGUCGCUGUGCUGGGACUGUGGAGGUGAAACACGAAAGAGAGUGGAGACGAGUGGAUCCUUUAGGACGCUGGGACCAGGAGGACACAGCUGUUGUGUGCAGAGACCUGGACUGUGGUUCUGCUGUUUAUGGAGAAAAGAGAGAUGGUUUUCCACAGAGUGAUGUGUGGAGAGUCAGAUCUGACUGUGUGAAGGAGUCUUCAGUGAGAGAAUGUGUCUCUUAUUCAUCCUCCUCUUCCUGGGGUGUGGAGGUGAAGUGUUCAGGUCCGGGCCAGAAGGGGCGCCAGAGAGAGGACCUCAGAGGACCUGGAGAUAGACCUGAUCAGAUCCACCUGAGUCCUGGACCGGACACUGGCCCUUAGACCAGAUUUUCUUUUACUGAUGUUUCACAAACUCACUCCAGUCAGUUCAAAUCUGAUCUUAGAACAUUACACACUGUUCACAGACUUGAGGCUUUGGUUUGAAAUGAUUCUGAUGCACAGGAUCCAGGUGCAGUCUACUUCCUGUUAAGGCCAGAGAACUUUGCUUUAGUUUGAAAUGAGACGACCCGUAGAAAUCAUAGAAGAUCUGAUCCUCUGGAGCGUCCGACAGAACCACGCCCACACUGGGACGAGACUCUUUCAAAAAAUGAUCUAUAACCACGUGCCAGAGUGUUCCAUUCAUAUAUUUGUAUAUUGUUCACACAGUCAUAGUUUCAGAGGCGUUUUGUUCGUGGAGCCACUUAAAAGUUUCAUAUAAAAAAGAGUGUCACUAUAGAAAUGUGCUCAAUGUUCUAUUUACAUUUGACCAAUAAAAUGAACACAUUUGAAUGAAA